AUGAGGCUCCUACCCUUCCUCACGCUCAUUCCAGCCGCCCUGGCAAGGGCGGCCCGCCACCUCGAGACUGGCGCCGCGCCUCAAGAGUUUGUCAACACGGCUGUCGCACGUACAGUCGAGCUCGGCGGCAGCACAACCCUCAUCAUGACGCAGUACAACGUCAAGGCGUUGAACGACGACCCAGGACCAUACAUCCUCGCCCUGGGCGCAUCUGGCGAGUCCGAGCCAGCUUGGUACGAGGUGCUGGUUGGAGGAAAGCCGGUGGUCAUCGAGGUGGACCGUCUGGGCGAUGCGCCGGCCGCAGUCGUGCCCGUUGGCAAGAUGAGCAAGGACGACACCCUGACCAUCUCGUUGAAUGUCAUCACCGCGCACGCAGCGCGCCCACUUCCGGAGGCGAUUGAGCAGCGCGAGCCCCAGUUCAUGAUUUGGGAGGUGGAGACCACUCUCGUCGACUCGGCGUACAAGUGUGAUGUUGAGCGCGUCAAGAUCCGCACUCCAACACCCAUGAUUCUCUCUCAUGGCACUGUUCCUAACACAUACGUCCGCGACUCGGACAUCACGAAGAGCAGCUCAACAAUCACUCUGGGUCCAUUCUACGGCGUGCCGCCUACUGUUGGUGCAGACGCGAGCGCCAAGCAGUCCCCGUUCUACGUCCACUACGAGACGCGCGAGCCCGUCGUCGGCAUCCGCACCCUCAAGCGUGCGGCCGAGGUGUCGUACUGGGGGGGCAACCUCAACAUCCAGGACGAGGUUGGGCUGUUCAAUGAUGGAGCUAAGCUCAAGGGACAGUUCUCGCGCCUCGCACACCAGCAGUCGCGCUUCCACGCCGGUACACCCGCACAGGUUCUCUCGGAGUUUACGCUCCGUCUCCCACCCUCGGCCCACAGCGUGUACUACUACGACGUGAUCGGAAACGUGUCGACCUCGCGUUUCCGCCCCGGCCAGCCGGCGGUCAACAAGAAGCGCGUCGUGGACGGCACCCUCGAAUUACGCCCGCGCUACCCCGUACUCGGCGGAUGGAACUACUCGUUCACUGUCGGAUGGGACAUGCCGCUUGAUGAGAGCCUGCACACAGACGGCGACCGCGCCGUGCUCGAGGUGCCUUUCCUCACGCCCCUCAAGGGUGUUGUGGUGGAUAACCAGGAGCUCACAAUCAUCCUCCCCGAGGGCGCGACUGAUGUCGAGGUUGUUGCGCCAUUCGCCGUCGACUCGAUCGAGUACGCUACCCACCGCACGUACCUCGACACAAUUGGCCGCCCCAAGGUCACCAUUACCAAGCGCACCGUCACUGAAAACCACGCCCUGCCCGUGUACGUCACGUACUCGUACCCUCUCAGUGCCCGCUUUAGCAAACCGAUCGCUGUGACUGCAUUCGCUGGCUCCGCGCUCACGCUCUUCAUCCUCCUCCGGCGCGUGAACUACAACAUCGAGAAGAAGUAA